AUGGGUGCCGACGCAGAUGCAAAAGUAAGCAGUGCCUCAGCGGUAUCGAAUACAAGCAAAAAUUCCAAACCAGAGCUUGCUGUCAAAAGUCGGGAUGUGCCAGUUCUGAUUGUCGGCGGCGGCCCAAGCGGUUUGCUCAUGGCGUAUAUGCUAUCGAAACUAGGAGUCAAAUCGCUCCUGAUUGAAAAGUAUCCUCAGAGGCUGGCAGCGCCCAAAGCCCACGCUCUGAGCCCGAGGAGCUUUGAGAUCUGCCGCCAGUUUGGUCUGGACACGGCGGCCCUGCGCAAGUUGGGCUCGCCCCGCGAGGAUGCCUUCUGGGUUAACUUUCUCACCAAUCUCUCUGGCGAACGGAUAGGCGUCUUGCCCUAUGAGAGAAUGGAUCCCGAGGUCUUGAAUGAUACCCCAGAGAUGAUACAUAACGUACCGCAGCCAGACUUUGAACAGUUUGUCUACGAUGCACUUUUAAAAGAUCCGAACGUGGAGAUGCAUAAAGGAAUAGCAUUUGUGUCGUGUCAACAGCACGACGAUAUCGUCACAAGUGAGCUGCAAGUCCGUGAGACGGGACAACGCUUUACUGUACAGUCUCGACAUGUCAUUGGUUGUGAUGGGGCCAAGAGCCAGGUCAGAAAACAUCUUGGCGUCGAGUGCGAGGGUGAAGAUGGAUAUGAAACAAUGAUGACUAUCCAUUUCAGCGCCGAUAUGCGCCCGGUGGUCAAGGAACAAGUUGGAAUGCUUCACUGGAUUACGGAUCCUGCAUGUUCCGGGUUCAUCAUAGCAUACGACUUGUCAGGAACUCAGGUUCUCAUUAGUAAUUUUGAUUCCAAAAAACAUCCUGUGGAAUCAUGGACUGAGGAGCUCAGUAGAACUGUUGUUGCAGCGGCUAUUGGGACAGAUAUCCCUUUUGAUGUUUUGAGCUACAGGCCCUGGAUUCUGAGCCGAAAGGUUGCUAACCAGUACUCCGUUGGGAACGUAUUUCUGGCCGGCGAUGCCGCGCACGCCUUCCCACCCACCGGAGGACUAGGUCUCAACACGGGCUUGGCCGACGUCCACAACCUCGCGUACAAGAUUGCCGCCGUGCACCAAGGCGGCGCCGGACCCGAGCUUCUCACGUCAUACCACGACGAGCGGCGGCCCAUUGCCAUGAUCAAUGCGGCCCAGAGCGUCAAGAAUGGCAAGGCCAUCUUUUCCUUUCUCAAGACUCUGGGCACAGCCGGCAUCGAUGACGUGGAGCAGGCGCGCGCCAACCUCCUCAGGUCGAUUCAUGAUCCCGACAAGCAAGAGAUGAUCAAGAGGGAGGUUGAGGGCCAGCGCGAGCACUUUGAUAAUCUGGAGUUGCACAUAGGUUACGUUUACGGUUCCAAGGAGGUGCCUGCGCAUGCUUCAUACUACAAGGCCAAAUACAUUCCCGGUGCCAGGCUCCCGCACGUCUGGAUAAAUUUCAUUGAAUCAAGGAAGCCUGAUUCUUUCAAGCCGCUCAAUGUAUCCUAUGUCAAAGAGUGGACCGAAAAGGAUGUAUCUGCACGCCAGGGAUCCACUUUGGACCUGUGCUCCUAUGAUUCCUUUACUCUCAUUGUCGGGAAUCAGCAUGGCUGGAAACAGCGUUUCGAGCAACUACAAAAAUUGCUCGCUGCCAAGACGAACGUCAAGGUCCGUCUCUGGUCGGUAGAUGCGGAUUUCACGUUUGCGUUCCCGGAGCAGGGGAAGCUGUUUUGUGAGGGAUUUGGUCUGGAAUCGGGAGGUGGCGUGCUCGUCCGACCAGAUCAACAUAUACUGGCGGUUCUGAAGCCGGGCGAUUGUACAUCGGACAUGGAGCAUCAUGUCAUACAUCACCUGCGGCCAACAUGA